AUGUCGGACCCUCUCCCCGCAGAGGUCGAGGCCUCGUACUCGGUCAUCAUUGACGACAUCCUUCGCGCGAGCGAUAUAAAUACCAUUUCUGCGAAGCGCAUACGAAAGGGCCUACAGGAAAGAGUCGGCGAGGACCUGUCGCAUCAAAAGGAACAAAUCACCACGCUCAUCAUGCUGCGCUUCGACAAGUUCAACAGUGAGCAGAACGGCGGCUCUGAUGUCUCGGAGCCCACACAUACGGUCGCAAAUGGCACAAAGACAUCCAACGGCGAUACAUCAGACAUGUCCAACCACAAGCGAUCGCCGCCCGAUGACGAGUCUGUGCUGUCGGGGCCUGACGAGAACCCGCCGCCCAAGAAGAAGAACAAGAAGACCAAAGUGAAAGAUGAGGAUGGCGACGCGGCAUUUGCAGCCAGGUUACAGGCAGAAGAGAAUGCGCGCAUGGGCAGGGCAACACGGGGCGGAAACACGAAGCGGAAAGCGCCCGCGCCAAAGAAGAAGGCCAAGAAGAAGAGCGCAAACAAGGUCAAAGACGACGACGACAGCGACGUUGGCUCAGGCAGUGGAGGCGAAAAGAAGAGCCCAAGUCGGAAAGGAGGCUUCCACAAACCAAUGGCCCUCUCUCCAGCCCUGUCCGAACUCCUCGGCGAAACACAACUCUCGCGGCCCCAGACGGUCAAGAAGAUUUGGGAAUACGUUAAAGCGCGUGACUUGCAAGAUCCCAAUGAUAAGCGCCAGAUUCGCUGCGAUGAUGCUAUGCGUGCUGUCUUCAAGCAAGACCGUGUUCACAUGUUUACCAUGAACAAGAUUCUUAAUCAGAACUUGUAUGCUGUGGAUGAGGUGGUGAAUUAA